AUGGGCACGGGAGGUGUAGCGCUGGUCGCCGCCGCCGUCGCCGUGGUGGUGGUCACGAGGCUGUGGACGGUGCUGCUCCACCUGGUAUGGCGCCCGUACGCCGUCGCGAGGGCGUUCGCGCGGCAGGGCGUCCGCGGGCCGCCGUACCGUGUCUUCGUGGGCAACAGCAAGGAGGUUCAGGCGAUGCGGGCGGCGACGAGCGGCGACACGCUGGACCUCACCUCCCACGACUACAUCCCGCGCGUGAUGCCGCAGUACCGCGCGUGGAUGUCACUCUACGGCAAGGUGUUCCUGACGUGGUCCAGCUCGACUCCGGCGCUGUUCGUGGGCAGCUACGACAUGGUGAAGCGGGUCCUCUCCGACAAGUCGGGGCUGUACGGCAAGCCGAACCCGGGCCCCACCAUACUGUCCCUGAUGGGCAUGGGCCUCGCCUUCACCAACGGCGACGACUGGUCGCGCCACCGCCGCGUCGUGCACCCGGCGUUCGCCAUGGACAAGCUCAAGUCGAUGACGGGGGCGAUGGCGGCGUGCGCGGCGGAGGUGAUCCGGGCGUGGGAGGCGCGCGCCGCCGCAAGCGGGGACGGGGAGGGGGUGACGGUGGAGGUGGGGCAUCAGUUCACGGAGCUCACCGCCGACGUGAUCUCGCACACAGCGUUCGGCAGCAGCUACCGGCAGGGGAAGGAGGUGUUCCUGGCGCAGCGGGAGCUCCAGUUCAUCGCCUUCGCCUCCAUCAACAGCGUGCGCGUGCCGGGCAUGCAGUACGUGCCCACCAAGGCCAACGUGCGCCGCUGGCAGCUCGAGCGAACGGUGCGGGGCACGCUCAUGGCCAUCAUCGGCGAGCGCCUCGCCGCUGCGAAGGAGGCGAGGGGCUACGGCAGCGACCUGCUCGGCCUCAUGUUGGAGGCCAACGCCGCCGGCGACGACGGCGGCAAUAGGCAGCAGGCCAUGAGCAUGGACGAGAUCAUCGACGAGUGCAAGACCUUCUUCUUCGCCGGCCACGACACGACCUCGCACCUCCUCACCUGGGCCAUGUUCCUCCUCGGCACGCACCCAGAGUGGCAACAGCGGCUCAGGGAGGAGGUGAUCCGGGAGUGCGGCGGCGCCGAGGUGCCCCUCCGCGGCGACGCCCUCAACAAGUUCAAGCUCGUGAGCCCCCUCCACCUUAAGCUUAUUAAGCUAGCUAGCGCCAAGCAGGUGUAUAUCCGCACGGUGAUCGCCUGCGAGCGUGCAUGUGCAUCACAGCCAUGUUCUUAUGUUGUUUCGCAGGUGACCAUGGUGCUGUACGAGACGCUCCGGCUGUACGGCGCGGUGCCGAUGAUCGCGAGGCAGGCGACAGCGGACGCGGACCUCUGCGGCGUGAAGGUGCCCAAGGGCACCCUCCUGCUGAUCCCGAUCGCGAUGCUCCACCGCGACGAGGAGGUGUGGGGCGCUGACGCCGGCGCGUUCAACCCGCUCCGGUUCCGGGACGGCAUGGGCAGGGCGGCGGCGCACCCGAACGCGCUGCUGUCCUUCUCCUUGGGCCCGCGGUCGUGCAUCGGGCAGGACUUCGCGAUGCUGGAGGCCAAGGCCACGCUGGCGCUCAUCCUGCGGCGGUUCGCCUUCGAGGUGGCACCGGAGUACGUGCACGCGCCGGUCGACUUCCUGACGCUGCAACCGUCGAAAGGGCUCCCGGUCGUGCUCAAGCUCUUGGAUGUGUAG